AUGGCAACUGCAAGUGGCCCUGAUCUGGCUCCCACCGGCGCCUCGCCUGCUCCAAUUGUCGAGGACGCUUCCUGCACACUGCCGGCCGGAACGCAAGAGAGCACCCCGAUCAGCUCGCCCCGAGAGCCUUCUUCCCUCCCCGACCUGCGUCCUGGGAAUCCGACCUUUAUCUUUCCUCCCCAACCGCCUUCUCUACCAUCCUCUCCGCUGUCGACCUUUUGCCUCAGCAGCCGACGGCCAAUGUCAGCCAUCGAGUCUCGCAUGACGGAUUCUAGCAUUACCCCCGAGAAUGCCGAUCGGCCUCGUCGACCGAUGGCGCUUCCCGCCUUCAGCUUCAACCCGGGAGCCGCUCUUCUCACGGACCCCGACUCGCUUCCCUUUCUCAGCCCUCCGCUGUCGCCCCAUUCGGUGAGGACUUUUGCUCCAUCCUCACGGCCUGCUGGACAUGGACAUCGAAGAGGUGGCAGUGAAUUUGUAGGAGGCAGCAUUCGCGACGGCAACUCCAUUGCCGUCAUGGGCGCCAGCCCGACCAAGUCGGACAGCGGAUUUUCCUCUCCAGGUCUCGCUCCUCCGAAACGCGGCCACCGGCGGGGCAUCUCGGGCACCAUAUCCGUCUCCGACUUGCCCCAGCUGGACUCGAUGAUGCCCAGGGGCGGUAGUGCCCCGAGCAGUCCAACCACCCUCACCUCGACCGACGCACCGCCGAUGCCAUUCCGGGAUGGGCCCACCUAUCUGCUGGAGCCGGCGCAAAUACUGGAAAGCAGCAAGCGACCGAACGAUGCUGCUCAACCUCCAGGUCUGCCCACGACGCCCACCUCUCCCUCGUCCGACGCCGAGGCUGCCCCUCUGCGACACGCCAGGCCGGCACGAGCGCGUGUUGGAUUCUCCGACAGGCUCGAGUUCAUACCGAGGCCCCUGUCACUGGUAUCCAGCGACACGUCCAGCACGGCAACUGCCCGGCCUGGGCACUCGGUUUCGGGUAGCAUUUCAUCCAUCAUGUCGGCCGCUUCCCCUUCCGGGGGCGAGACGGCGGCGUCCCUAGCUAGAAGCCCUGCGCGGGAUAAUUCGAGGCCCAGCACCGCAGGUGCCAUCCUGGAGCGUACCAUGGAGUUUGCGAUUCCCGAAGUGGCAGGCGCCUCUCCGAAGCGGCGCAACUCCAUUCCAACUUUGCUCAACAUUGCGGAUGCGCAGUCGCUCGCCUCUGCCACCACGGCGCCAACCACGAAGACGUCCAAACGAUGGUCAUUCUUUGGCCUCGAGUCGCCGUUCCUGCUCUCGGCGGCGCCGACGAGGCGACGAUCGUCGAGCUCGAGCUCAUCGGAAUCCGGUGCCAAGGCUGUAUCCGGCACCUCGUCAUCCGAUCUCGAAUCGGACUCGACCGAGACUGGAAGGGACGGGGCCGCGGCGUCCACGAAGGCGAUGAAGAAGGCGAGCAAGAAAAAGAAAGUCAAGGGCUGGGCUGGCUCGAUCUUGCCUCUCAAGCCUCGAGGACCAAAGAAGCGUACGAAUCUUGGUGACGCGCGGCCGCCAACGCCUCCCGCCUCCGUGGGGCCCUGUGACGACGGCGACGAGGAAAACCGUCCGGCGGCGGAAGCAGGCGGUCCAGCGGUGGCAAGCAAGGAGUCACCUCCCGCGAUGGACAAGCCAACCCCCAAGGAGAGUCCGCGGUUCGGAGAGGAUGCUUCGCACCUCAUGAUCGACCUGGACGCGGCGCUCGGUCCGUUCAACACCCCGCUCCCUCAAAACCCCGAGUGGGACGCCGCGCAGCGAGCGGCCGGAAACCCUGGCAAGAGGAGACUGCAUAGCGCACAGGGUCUGAAGGGGUUCAGCGGGCCCGGCAUGCAUUACCAUCGUCGGACGGAAUCCGCGCCGGAUCUCCCACCCUUUGACGCCGCAGGUGCCGGCAUUCACCGGUUCGGCAGCAACUCGACCAUGGCAGAUGUGUUUGAGGAGGAGGAGGAAGACGACAACGGCGCGGCCACGGCCGCCAGUUCAUCGGAGGCCAACCUCGAGGACACGAUUGCCGCAACGUCCUGCGACGACGCUUCCGACGACGGCGAGAUGACACCCCCUGCUGGCGGCCCCGAGGUGGAUGGCACGUCGUCCAGCGAAGCGGCAGCUGGGCCGCGCCGGCCAGACGCGUGGCCAAGUGAGGGUGAGAAGGCGGCUGGUCAGAUGACGGCGGCCGGGUGCUCCAAGACGUCGCUACCGGACGAGGUUGCCGCCCAGGAGCCUCCAUCCAUCAUCUUCCGCAGCGCCAACCUGUUCUACGGCGCACCAGACUCGACGGUGUCUUCGCCCGGCAAAGCGUUAUCGCCUACCGACUUCGGCCCAUCCUUUGUGGGCAACUCGGCUACGGCGCCAACGAGCCCGUAUUCGACGAGCUACGCGUCGUCCUCGCACCCAUCCCCUCGGUCGCCCAUGUCCAUGAUGCCCAAUCGCGUCUCGACGGCGCCGUCCUCGGUCAUGGAUGAGAACAGCUUUCAAUCGCUCCUCAUGGGGGAGCCCGGUCCGGAAGUCCGAAUAUCGGUGGACUACGACAUUCCGUCCCUGACGUCGAGCAACUCGACGAUGACGAGGGACAGCGCUUUCGCGCCGCACGCUCGCACGUCCCAGCCGAGCCUCCGAGAGCAACGACCCGUUUCCGUCUCGUCCGCCGCCUUCGGACGGCGACGGUCUAGCCUGGUCAGCUUGAGCCGACUCAUCAGCAGCUCGCACGGGGAGAGGAGCAAGCUCUCGAUGGAGAUGACGCUCGACAACGAGUCGGACAACAGGAGGUCGAUGGGAAGCAAAACGAAGCAGCGUCUUGGUCGGAUGAUGCAGUUCUGGAAAGCCAACAACAGCAACAACAAGGACGGCGCGCUAUCAUGA